AGCCCUUGUUAAGUCAUCGAAACAUGCAGAGUUUGCUGCACUGCUGCAAGCUUGUGCCAUGCGAUCGGGGUGGGGAGAGGAUGAUGAGAGGAAGGAGGAGUCGCAGGGAAACCCGCCCCACCAAAGCUGCUGCGGUCUUGUUAGCCGGCUCCAAGUUGUUUCAGUUCUGUGAAGCAUCUGAACGAGCCGAGUACAAGGAGGAAAACCACUGGUGUUGGAAAUAUAUCGUGCUCUUCAGGAUGGACCUUUGUCCUGCUGAAUCGACUGGCUUGAGUGGGGCUGAAGAGGCUGAAAUAGAGACAAUCAGGAAGCACAAGCAGGAGCUUUUGGAUGACAUUAAGAAGCUGAAGGAGGAGAUUGCAGAGGUAUUUGCAGAGAUUGAGCGUUUCCAACAGGCAGAGGAGAAGCAAGAGGCAGACAACAAUCCUGGAGAGCAGACCAGCAAGCUGUCACAGAGGGAUAAAGUUCUGUCCCUGGGCCGGAAGAAAUUCAACAUGGAUCCUGAAAAGGGGAUCCAGUACCUGAUCGAGCACCAGGUAUUGUCCUCAGACCUGCAGGAGAUCGCCAGCUUCCUCCACAAGGGUGAAGGCCUGAACAAGACAGCCAUUGGGGAUUACCUGGGUGGGAGGGACCCCACCAACAUUCAGAUCCUCCAGGCCUUUGUGGCGUGUCACCAGUUUGCCAACCUCAACCUGGUGCAGGCGCUGAGACAGUUUCUCUGGAGCUUCCGGCUGCCUGGGGAGGCGCAGAAGAUUGACCGGAUGAUGGAGGCCUUCGCCAACUGGUACUGCAAGUGUAACCCGGGAGUGUUCCAGUCCACAGGUAAUACCUGUUAUGUACUCUCCUUCUCUAUCAUCAUGCUUAACACCAGCCUGCACAACCCCAAUGUGAAAGACAAACCCCAUUUUGAAAGGUUUGUGUCCAUCAACAGAGGCAUUGACAAUGGAGGGGACCUCCCAGAAGAGCUUUUAAAGAAUCUAUUUGAGAGCAUAAAGAACGAGCCGUUCUCCAUACCAGAGGACGAUGGCAACGAUCUCACCCACACUUUCUUCAACCCUAACCGUGAAGGCUGGCUGCUGAAGCUAGGAGGACGUGUAAAAACCUGGAAACGCCGCUGGUUCAUUCUGACCGAUAACUGCCUGUAUUACUUUGAAUAUACCACGGACAAAGAGCCUCUGGGUAUUAUCCCUCUGGAGAAUCUGUCAGUCCGGAAGGUGGAUGAUCCCAAAAAGCCAAACUGCUUUGAACUCUUCAAUCCCAACUGCAAAGGGCAGAAGAUCAAAGCCUGCAAAACAGAUGGGGAUGGGAAGGUGGUUGAAGGCAAGCAUCAGUCCUACAAGAUCUCAGCAGCCACUCCAGCAGAGCGUGAUGAGUGGAUUGAGGCAAUACGGACCAGCAUCACACAGGAUCCUUUCUAUGAUUUGGUCUCUGCUCGUAAGAAAAAGAUUGCCAGCAAAAACUGAACCAUGACCUGGUCACCGGCGUCAGAAAGGUGUAGGUUACUGGACAACUUCCCUCUCACACUGGGCUCUUCCAGUGAAGAAAUUUGGGAGCUAAGGUUCCCUCUGCCUCCCACUUAGCAGGCAGAUGACUGACAGGACAUCUUACCCUCUUUGCUUCUUCCCCUUCCAAGCUGAAGGCAGAGGCGCAGGGUGCGAUCCACUGAGGACUGUCAGAGCCAUGGGCGUGGGGUUGCCUAUGUCUGAACAUAAAGGCUCAACAGCAACUGGCCUUUGAGUUCUCCCACGUAGGCCCAGAGAUGUGGGACAGGAUCUGAGAGGAGGCAGGAAUGUCUGCACAGUGUCUCCAGCCCCUCCUGUUGUCACACCAGGCCGGGGUAUUUUUCUGUGAGGGACCGUGUAGAUUCUCUUGGAGCAGCUGAGCACGGUCCAGUCAGUUGCAGAGCAGAAAGUCCCCAGUGGUUUCUCUUCCAUGAACAGAUGUGUAGUGGUUGUGGGGUGGAGGCCACUGAUACUUAGAAAUUCACUGUGAAGCCAGAGGUCAAGGUAAGGUAAGAAGCCCUCAGUUCAGAAGAAAUCCCUCUCUCCCCUUUCCUAAAAGUCUGUAGUGAGGAGUGUAGUCCUGGGAAGUCCCUGCUCUAUAACUGAGUCAGAAAUUUUAAAACGUUAAAGAUACUGGAUCCCUAUUCAAUGUAAGGCCUAACUGAGCAUAGAGAUGCUGUGGGACCAGGAAAACAUCUCUGGGUGUUUUGUCUCUCUUUUUUGAGACUCAUGGCCCAGCACAGAUUUCUUUAAGGAAGAAACCCAAACACUAGCACUCCUUCUGGCCGAUGGGUCCCCAACAAAUGUUGGUUCCUUGAGCAGCUCAGAGGUCUGGGUUUUGUAUCUGAAAGUUUUGAAAGUGUUUGAAAGUCAGACAGCAUGAAAAAAUGGAGGUACAUAUAUCUCCCUGCCAGCACACACACACACAUGCACACACACAGGCAUCCAUUCCCAUCUUCAUACAGUGCUAUCAUCUGGAGUCUGGGGGUUUUGUCUCUUGUGUAAAGAGAGAAAUAAAAGUGCUUAAAACAGGCCCCAGACUCAGGGUAAUGUGAUCAUUUUAGUGAUAAAGUCAGA